AUGAACAGAACCAUUCCAGAAAGCAUCGGGAAGCUGACAAUGCUUUUUUCCCUGGACCUUGAUUGGAAUUCUUGGGAAGGUGUCCUAACUGAAGCUCAUUUUCAAAACCUCACCCAAUUAAAAUCUCUUUGGUUGUCUACGGAAGUUUCUGCAAAUUCAACGUUGGUUUUAAAAGUCAAACAGGACUGGGUUCCUCCUUUUAAAAUGAUAGACCUUCAAUUAACAAACGUGCGGAUCGGCCCAACCUUUCCAACUUGGCUUAAAACCCAAAAUGAACUCAAUGUUCUUGUGCUCGAGAAUGCUGGCAUUUCUGACUCCAUUCCACAUGGCCUUUGGAAGUCUUACCCAAAUGUCACCGAUUGGAAUCUAUCUCAUAACAAACUACGCGGGCAGGUACCGUACUUUAAAUUUCAACCUUUGGUUGCUCGUGUUGAUUUGAGGUCCAACAAGUUAGAGGACCUUUCGAGUAACAAUUUAUCAGGAGAAAUACCUGAUAAUAUAACAGGUAUCACAGAAUUGGUCAUCAUGAAUUUAUCAAUGAAUCAUCUCACUGGAAGAAUUCCUAAAAAAAUUGGAAAUUUACACAAGUUACAAUCACUUGAUCUCUCAAUGAAUGAGCUUUAUGGUCCUAUCCCUGAGAGCUUGUCUAAUUUGACCUUCUUAAGUUACUUGAAUUUGUUGUUCAACAACUUGUCUGGGAAAAUUCCAACUGGGAAUCAACUUCAAACUCUUGAUGACUCAUCUAUUUACGGAGGUAACUCUUUACUCUGCGGACCUCCUCUUUCGUCCAAGUGUUCCAAGGAUGAAACUAAUUCUAAAGUAACACCAAAUGGUGGUAACCAAAAGGGAACGGGAGUUGAGUCAUUCUCGUUCUAG